UAUCCCCACGGCCCGAACGGCCACCUUAUCCGUUUCAUUCAACUCCCGCGCGCGCCGCGCGCCGGCGCCUGCCGUCGACGACAACGCGGGGCGGCCAUGCCUGCCUCCAUCUCCAUGCCCAAGGUUCUCUCGCCUUCAUCCUCCUCCUCCACUUCGCGCCGCAAACCGGCACCAGCAGCCUUCGCUCGGAACCCGGGCUGCCGAGUCUCGCCGCCGCGGAGUUUGAGGUCAAAUAGCCGGUUCGCCGGAAGCUGCCACACCAGCGCGAGCUCCGGUACAAGCCUGGCAGAGUACAGCGGCGAGGGUGCCUCCGCCGUAGGAUACGAAGACGGCGGCCCUCCCUUCGUGAACCUGUCCUCGUCCAAUAUCCAACGAACCGAGCCGAUCUUACUCAAGGAUGAGUUCGCGCCAUCCCUUCUCCUCGCCACCGUGCCGGCCCAGAGGAAGGGAAACGGCGCAGAGGGCCACUUGGAAUCAACCCCUGCUUACCCAGCCGCCAUGAAAGCUCUGUACGGGGCCUGCCUCGCCGGGAACGCGACGGAGCACCUCUGGAAUUUCACCUGGCCUGCCGCAGUCGCCACGCUGCAUCAGAGCCUCCUCCCGGUCGCGGUUCUUGGGUUCUUCACGAAGCUCCUGGUGUUCGUCGCAGGUCCAUUGGUGGGGAACCUCGUGAGCUCGCUCCCUCUGAUUCCCACGUACCGCUCUCUGACUGUAAUUCAGACCGCAGCACAUUUGGUGUCGGCGGCAAUGAUCACGUAUGCCGUCAGCUUCCCAAGGGCAUCCACCGCGCCGGCGCUUCUCUUGCGGCCAUGGUUCGCCGUGCUAGUGGCGUCCACAGCCGUCGACAGUCUCUCCCGUGUGUCGCUCGGCAUCAUCGCCGAGCGUGAUUUCGUUGUGCAGCUCGCAGGGGAAGGCAGGCGGAUCGCGCUCGCGCAGGCGAAUGCUACGCUCAGCAGAGUCGAUCUGAUCUGCGAGACGGCGGGCGCGUCAGUCUUUGCAUUCCUGCUCUCUAAGAACGACCCGCUGACCUGCAUCAAGCUCUCCUGCCUCAUAUCGCUCUCUGCUCUACCUCUUCAUAUUUUUCUGGGAGGCGCGAUGAACCGACUCGCCGACGGCGUCUUCGAUCACCCUGAACAUAGAAGCCUGCCUGCUGCUUCUACUUUCGACGUCCGGAGGAUAGUGGUCGAUGCUGUGGCCACCAUCAGACGCGGGUGGAGCGAGUACAUCAGCCAGCCGGUCCUCCCGGCGAGCCUCGCCUACGUGCUCGUCUGCUUCAACGUCGCCCUCGCCCCCGGCGCUCUUAUGACCACGUUCCUGAUCCAUCACGGCGUGAGCCCGUUGGUCCUCGGCGUGUUCGGGGGCUCGUCGGCGCUGACGGGGAUCCUCGCGACAUUCAUGACGCCGAGCCUUGUCAAGGAGCUCGGCAUCCUCAAGGCCGGAGCGGCCGGGUUGCUCGCCCAGAGCGCGCUCCUGGGAGCGGCAGUCGUCAUCUACAUGACCGGGUCCAUCUCACGUGGAGGCGCCCUCUUCGCCUUCCUCGGCCUGAUCGUGGUGUCUAGGCUGGGGCACAUGGCGUACAGCGUGAUCGGGCUGCAGGUGGUGCAGACCGGGAGCCCCAUGGGGAAGGCCAAGCUGAUCGGCGCGACGGAGAUCGCCGUCGCCAGCCUCGCGGAGCUCGGGAUGAUGGCGGUGGCGGUGGCCGCCAAGGACGUCUCUCGUUUUGGUGCUGUCGCCGUGCUCUCGGCGGCCGCUGUCGCCGCGGCCGCCUGGCUCUACUGUGCCUGGCUGGCAAACCCCACCCAGCAGCUGAAAACGCUCUUUCCGUCGUGAUCAUGCGCGAGUGACAAGCAGUUUCGCACGAGUCGCGAUUUCUUGACCCUCACACGAUACUUAAGACAAGACGUCGGCACUUCCCACAGAAUGGAUCUUCGGAAGUUCCGAUGCUUUACACAAAUUUUGCAUUGCACAGUUGAAGAGGUGAUGAAUAUUUCCAUGAGAGAACCUCUUUGCGACGAAUCAUAUAAAACUGAAUGUUUAGUUUUUUCUUUA